UGUUAGUGAGUGAGUAUUUCUCUUAUUCCAGUUCUAUCUCUUUCUGCAACAGUGAGUGAAUGUGUGUGUUUUUGUAGGUGAAAAAUCAGACAUGGCAUAAUUGUAUAAAAUUACAAACAAGCUACAUAAAGCCCAAAGAUCCCUUAUUCUGCUACUUUGAUAAUCUUGCACACUAUUUUCUUGAAUUUUUGAUGUCUAUAUCCAUAGAGGGGAACUCUGAUAAGAGCUGUGUUUCAUCAAUGGACAGUAAAGAUUUGAACUUUAAGGCAACUGAACUUAGACUAGGUUUGCCUGGUUCUGAAUCACCACCAGAUAAGAAUGAUAACCCACUUGGGGUUUUGAAAAUUUUCCCUUCUGGAGCUAAAAGGGGUUUUUCUGAUACCAUAAAUGGUGAUUCUGGGAGAUGGGGUUUUGGAUCUGAAGUUGAUUUUGUUAAAAAUAGUAGCUUUAUUGUUUCUCCAAAGGGUGUAAAAGUUGGAAAUAAGAUUCUUGGUUCUGUUUGCAAUGAGAGUAGCUCUGUGAAAGAGGCUACUCCAAAAUCACCUAGACCAGUGGAAGAGAAAAAGGCCUUGAUUUGUAGUACUAAUAGUCAUGGGGUUGCUCCAGCUGCAAAGGCACAAGUAGUAGGAUGGCCACCAAUUAGAUCUUUUCGGAAGAAUAUGGUUAGUAAUCCUCCAAAGACUGAGGAAGAUGCAAAUGGUAAGCUAGUAGCAGGUUGUCAUUAUGUCAAAGUCAGCAUGGAUGGUGCUCCGUACCUGAGGAAGGUCGAUCUUACUAUGUACAACAGCUAUAAGGAUCUAUCUUCAGCACUAGAGAAAAUGUUCCGUUGCUUCAAGGCUGGCCAAUGUGAAACUCAAGGCAUUUCUCUAAGUGAUGGACUAAAAGAAAGCAAAUUGGCGGAUCUUCUACAUGGAUCUGAAUACGCUCUUACUUAUGAAGACAAGGACGGUGAUUGGAUGCUUGUCGGUGAUGUCCCAUGGGAGAUGUUCACAGGAUCCUGCAAGAAGCUGAGGAUCAUGAAGAGUUCAGAUGCAAAUGGUCUAGCUCCAAGAGCCACGGAGAAGCGCAAAGAUCGUUAGAAUCUGCAGUACUUUCGCUGCAAAAACAUUCAAUCAAUUCUCUAUAAGCAAUGAGAAGUCGAAAUUCACAUGUUUCUUCCUAUUCAUGUCAAGGUAGAUCACCAAAGCUGGAUUUGAAGAUCGACGCCAGGAUUUCGAGUGUUUCUGUCUUAGAAAUCUUUAGUGUAACUAUUUGUGUUACAUAUAUAUUCAUAAUAUGCAAGAGUUUCAAUUUAUAGCCAUAGUAGGUAUGUUGUGCUAUUUUUUUUUUCUUUCUGUAUUGUUACUGUUUUGAGUCUCCAAGGCUUAUGAAAGCAUAUGUAAAUGGUCACUAAAACACAAUUCGUGGUUUGGUUUGAUUUGAUUUGAUUUUUACG